AUUGGCAAUCGGCCGGGCACGCACUCCGCUGCAAGCUCAGUCGAUCUCCUAGUGUGCUACCGCGCGCGAACCAAAGCUGUGCGUACAUUCGAAUUUUAAACAUAGUCGAAUGUUAAUAUUUUACCGCGCUUUUUUAAUUAAUAAAGACAAAAAGUGCAAGUUGUGCAUCGUUUUCAAUUGAUUUGGUGACAUCUAUUUUUGUACUUUUUUGUUCUAUUGUGAUUUAGUCAGAGCAAAGCCAGAAAAUGGAUCUGGAGUUUCGAAAUCUGACAUAUACCGUCUACAGCCGCUUAUCUAGAGGGACAGCGCGACAAGUUGUAAAAGGUGUCAAUGGCAAGUUUAUGUCUGGACAACUCAUAGCUAUUAUGGGUCCCUCUGGCGCCGGCAAAAGUUCAUUAUUGAACGCUAUUUCUGGGUAUAGGUCAGCUGGCGUCACAGGUGAAUUGUUAGUGAACGGGGAGAUCCGAGACGAGCAGCAGUUCCAACGAUCAUCAUGCUAUAUCACGCAGGAGGAUCUGUUGCAGCCAUUGUUGACCGUCCGUGAGGCAAUGGACGUGGCAGCAAGCUUAAAACUACCUCGCGGUGUAAAGGCACCUUCUGAGGACAUACUGCAGCAGAUGGGCCUUUUGGAACAUCAGCACACGAGAACUGACCAGCUCUCAGGAGGACAGAAAAAGAGGUUAUCAAUUGCUCUGGAGUUAGUGAACAACCCACCAGUUUUCUUCCUCGACGAGCCAACGAGCGGUCUGGACACAGUGACCACGGUACAUUGUGUGAAGACAUUGAAGCAACUCGCAAGACAAGGGAGAACUGUGGUGUGCACUAUACACCAACCCGCGGCAUCGCUCUUCGAACAAUUUGAUCAGGUGUACAUAAUAGCUGAUGGACUUUGCAUUUACCAAGGAGAUACUGAUGCGAUGGUACCGCAUCUCGCAAGGCUUGGCAUGGCAUGUCCCAGGCAUCACAACCCAGCUGAUUUCAUCAUCGAGCUAACAGAAAAUCCACAGACCAUACAGAUACUAUCAGAAGAAGCGCUCAACGGCAAGAUCUAUCGAUCCUCAAAGAUAGACAGCUCAGUACAUGAACCAAUGAACAACAUGCAACUGAAAAUAUGUUACCAAACUGACAAUGACGUCGUGGAAACUGAAAUAGUUGUUUCCAACGAGAGAUGUUCAUAUAAAGUGAAGGAUUACACGGCAGUUAGUACAUCGUCGACGACUUUAGCGAGCAAGAUAUCUCAGGAAGACACAUCAGUGGCAUGGAUGAAAGUCAACAAGGCUUUAAGCCGAUACCCUACCUCAUACUUUGACCAAUUUUCAAUUAUACUAUGCAGGAUGCUAUUGCAGAUAUCAAGGAAUAAACAAGCGCUGUGGAUCCAGAGCAUACACCACAUAGGCUGCGCCAUUUUAAUUGGCGUGUGUUUCCUCAACAUGGCGAACGACGGCACGCAAAUGUUUAACCAUUUGAAGAUGUGCGUCGGUCUCGUUAUAUUCUUCGUGUACACUCAGAUCAUGGUCCCAGUGCUAGUCUAUCCGCAGGAAGUAAAACUAGUGAAGAAAGAGCAGUUUAACGGCUGGUACAACCUGGCGCCGUACUACGCUGCGUUAACUGUGUCCAAACUGCCCGUGCAGGUCUCGCUCAAUAUAAUAUUCUGUACCAUCGUGUACUUCAUGGUGGGGGUUCCGUACGCUCACGACCGCUUCCUGGUUUUCUGCCUCAUCGGGAACAUCGUUUCGCUCGUCUCCGAAGGAGUCGGGAUGGCCAUCGGAUCCGUGUUCAGUGUUAGGAAUGGCUGUGCUAUUGGCCCGGCAGCCAUAGCGCCAUUCCUCGGCUUGGCUAUCUAUGGCUUCGACUUCGCCCACAAGAUCCCACUCAUGAUGACACUCAUUAUGAAGACCUCCUUCAUCCGUUGUGGAGUUGUAGCCAUGGUGUUAACAAUAUUCGGCUUCGGACGAGAGCCGCUCGAUUGCACUGACGUGUACUGCCAUUUUUCAAAACCAAAUGUUCUCUUGAAAUACUUAGACAUAGAAAAUAGCUCUGUGUGGCUAGAGAUCUUUCUCAUGGUAUUCAUCAUGCUUACCGCCAGAUUCCUCUGCUUCAUGGGCCUGAGGUGGCGAUUCGCGACAUGAAUCAAUUCAUGAUCAACAUUUGUGAUACUUUUUUAGUACAAGAGCUGUUUGAAAAACA